GCUUCCGAACCAUCACCCACUCGCCGACGUCGCCCUAAAUUUCACUUUCAACACUUUCCAAAUUUACCUUCAUUUUCUAUGUCAAAACUACUGCAUGAGCUACUUAGCCAAUAGAUGUCAUCACGCUCGAGCGCUUUUGGCUUUUUCUCAUCUAGGGUACACCAUCUAAUUGUUCGAUUGUCCUCCAAAUUGGCAAAAGACUAAUGGUAUCCAUCGAUAUUGGGAAAUGCUCUAAAUCUGCAUCGAUCUUUCUGGUCCAAUUUACGUUCCCAAGCCGCAACGACUGAUAGGCACUCAAGGCAGAGCAGUUGGUUUACGAUGAAGUAGAAUAAUUUGCCUUUGUCCUGGGCCUCGCAGGAGUCUGAAUUUAGAGGGUAUCGUAACGGUGUUUCAUUGAGUUGCACUUUCAAAGGCUAUUCCUUUCGUCCCUAGUGUGCUGAUUUACGCGCAACUUGUGAAUGAAGCUGCAAAUUUUUCUCUCUUUCCCCUCGAGACUACUGUGGUGUGCACAGAAACGCGAUCUAUAUGGAAGCUCUGUUCCAUCUUUCUACAUGUGCCAUCCUGGACAAGGCGUGUCUGUGGUGGUGUCGUUGGUGGUCAAGUUUGGGCACUAGUUGAAGUUAGUCCGACGACCACACCAUCCUACUAUUCCGACACCCUCACCUUCUGGACUGACGUUUUCCUUCGAGGGUCAUGUCGACUAUGCAUGGGCAGGGGCGGAAGCCUGUUGUCAUUGUCCAGUUUCUACUUGCGCCAACGCCUACAAGCCCUCCACUACUGCCUUGCGUGUUCCAGUCUACCUGUUUCUAUCCCAUGCGAACAAUGCGAUCGUUUCGACGACAAGUUAGCUAUGUCUUAUGUUCGUUGUACUAGAUAGUCUUUAUGAAUGCAAAUCCAUUGUUAUGUGCCACAAUCAUUUGGCGCUCCGACGAGCUGUGUUCUGCAUAAUAGAGUUUGUCAGUCUGUUGAGGACGUUCGUCACCGUUGUCCAAACCUUGAACUAGGCACAACUUCCUGCUGCCUCUUAACGCUCUCAUUAAUUAUUAGACCGUCGACUAUGUCGUCGAGCCACGAAGCAGAGAAGAAGGCGAUUAGAGCCGCCGCGCUAAACGACCUGAAAUUCAAACGAGCAAUUCACUCAAACCAGUCUUCGUCAUCUUCGUCGGGAUCGACCAAGAUUCAAGCCUCUUACAAGCAACCUCCGCCGCAGUCGAGAGAUGGCACAAUUUCUUCACGAUUUUUUCCGGUUACCUCUCCUAUCAUCGGCAAUAUCCUCGUACCCUCCAGUCCUUCACCAUCUUCUCAAAACCAAGGAAACUAUCAUCCAUACAGCUACCAGCCUUCCACUGACGUGGCAUCGGGUUUGGGUCGUGGACAGUCGCGUCUGUGGGGAUUGCAAGAACACUCACCUGGAUACGAUCCAUCGACUGCUCUUAGCGGUUUCCACAGCGCAAACGGCACUCAUCCACCUCUUCAUCGUCCGACAAUCCCCGGUCGCCAACCUACUCCAAAACGUGGGAUUUCAGACGUUGUUGUCCCCCCCGAAUCCUCUGGAGCCAUCGAUUCACCAGGCUCUCCUGUUAUUCAACGAGCUGGAAAACGACGCAAAGUCGUGAACGGUCUCGAUGCAGCAACAUCCUCGGACGAGUCUUUACCCGAAAUUGCAGGUCCUUCGAGGCCACGAAUCAUCAGAGGCCGGACAGAAGCGGAGAAGACAACUCAACCAGAUCUACUCUCUGACCCUCGGUUCUUUACGUUCAAGAUCACCCAUCCUGCUGAACCUCCAGACCGCGUCAAAGCUGCUUGGCUGCAGGCAGAGCAAGAUUCCACCAAAGCCACGACGCUACUUCUUGAUGCAAAGUGGUCUCCUAAUGUCACCCCUCCAAAGUUAUCGUUAGCGGAGCGAGGAAAGGUAGACGCUGUAAUUGAGGCUUCGAAACAACAACGAUUGGCGGUGAAGGAAAAAGGGAAGAAGUCCAUGAUAUACGCCAAUAGAUUGGAUCUGUCGACCACCAGUACCCAGAAUACUACUGCUACUGCCUCACCACCCAAUAGCGACAUUAUAGACCUCACUGCAUCACCAGCUUCUGUGCCUCCCCGACCUAAGAAGCGUAUAAAAAAGAUGAUAUUGGACUCAGAGUCGGAGAACACUGAUAGCGAGGACGAAAACCCACGAAAGCGGACUAAGCAAGAGAACACUGUUGAAUGGCAGGCAUUGACUUUCUUCAACACCAAAGCACCCGAAGCCCUGCAGGAGCUCACAGGGUGCACACUAGAACAAGCUCAGGCAAUUAUUGCCAAACGCCCCUUUGAUACGGUGGAAGAUCUCAAUGAAAAGCUCGGACAAGGAAAGAAGAAAGCUGGUCCCGCUGGCAUCAGCCCCCGCAUGUUCGAGGACUGCGUCGACAUUUUCCAUGGAUACGAUAUCGUGGACAAUCUUCUCGAAGAUUGUGAACAGAUAGGAGCCAAACUACGUUCUUCCAUAUCAAGCUGGGGUCCUACCUCUAUCGAGCGAGACGAUUCAUCAGGCAACAUAGCUGAGGACGGUGCCCUGAGCCUGCGGACCCUCUUGCCUUCAAAGGAAAGGAAGCUGAAAGGCUAUUUGGACCAGCAACCCUCACUUGUGUCAAGCAACGUGAAACUGAAGGAUUAUCAACUCAUGGGCGUUAAUUGGCUCCACCUUCUCUAUAGGAGCAAUCUCAGCUGUAUUCUAGCGGACGAGAUGGGACUUGGCAAGACUAUACAAGUCAUAAGCUUUUUCGCUUAUCUGAAGCAGCAGGGCAAUAAGGGACCGCAUCUUGUGGUUGUGCCCUCGUCGACACUUGAAAACUGGUGUCGAGAAUUCGCGCGGUUCGCUCCGUCGGUCUCAAUACAGACCUACUAUGCCGCAAAGGAAGAGCGGGUUCAUUUGAGGCACACUCUGAUGGAAACUCAGCAGCAUCAACGUAAGGAUGGAAAAGGAUGGGAUGUGUUGAUCACCACCUAUAAUCUGGCUCAGGGAGAUGGGGAUCGCAAGUUCUUCAGGCAGAUUGAUUGGGAUUGCUGCGUUUUUGAUGAAGGCCACGUCCUGAAAAACUUUCAGUCGCAACGCUAUAGGGCUCUCCUACGAGUAGAGUCGAAAUGGCGUCUUCUCUUGACAGGCACACCACUGCAGAAUAAUUUACAGGAGCUUGUGUCAUUGAUGAAUUUCAUCCUCCCCGAUCAAUUCGCCGGGACCUUGGAGAAUCUACGUGCGAUCUUUAAGGUCAAAGGUGACUCCAAAGUCAGCUUGCUUGCCCAAGAAAGGGUAUCACGGGCGAAAAAGAUGAUGACGCCGUUUGUGUUGCGCAGACGGAAAGAUCAGGUCCUGGAUGACCUACCGAAGAAGACGGAGCGCAUUGAGUGGUGCGAAAUCACUCAGCUUCAGAAAUCAAUAUACAAGGAGACACUGCAACGAUCCCGCAAGACAAUCAUUGAGGCGGUCGAUACCCCAGAGCCUGAACAGCCCGGUACCAAAUCGAAGGCACCGAAAAAGACUCGUGUCGGAGUGAAUACAAAACCCAAGAAUAAGCAGUUUGUUGAAAACAGUGCCAACGUCUUAAUGGAUCUGCGGAAAGCGGCCCUUCAUCCGAUGCUGUUUCGUUCCCGGUUUACGGAUGACAUUCUUACCGCAAUCACCCAACAACUCUUGAAAGAACCGGAUUUUAAGAAGCGUGGUGCAUUGUUUGAGAUCGUCAAGGAGGAUAUGACAGUAAUGACAGACGCAGAGUUGCAGCAUCUUUGUGGCUUGUACAAGUCAACUCAGAAAUUCCUCCAACCCAAUGACUGUUUUUUGGACUCCGGCAAAAUUCAGGCACUACUGAAGCUUCUCAGAGAGUAUGCAAAGCAAGACAGAAAGAUGUUGAUCUUCUCCCAGUUCACGCAAGUACUUGAUAUCCUGGAGCUUAUUUUCAAGGAACGAAAUAUCAAAUACCUGGUGCUGACGGGCUCAACUCCUGUGGAUGUCCGACAAUCGCUGGUAGACGAGUUCACGGAGGAUGAAUCCAUAUCCGCCUUUUUAUUAUCUACGAAAGCAGGAGGGAUGGGAAUCAAUCUCACUGCCGCAUCUGUAGUAAUAUUGUUCGAUCAAGACUUCAACCCCCACAACGACAGGCAAGCUCAGGAUCGAGCUUACAGGAUCGGACAAAAACGAGAAGUCGAGGUCGUCAGAUUGAUAACCCGGGGUACCAUCGAAGAGGAUAUGUUAAAGCUCGGGGAGAUGAAGCUCGCUUUGGACGAAGCUGUCGCAGGUGAGGAUGGGAAAGGAGAAGACGACGAUGGUGCACCGGAGAACGCGGUUAAAACGUCAUUGAUAAAAACAUUGCGACAACAGCUGAUAGAUGAGGAGGGCUCCGAUUCUACGAAUUGAACAGAAACAUUUUAUGUGUAGAUAGCUUCUUGAUCACUGUGCACUCAUUCCUGUCACCAUCCAUUCAAAGAUCCAAUGACUAGGUGAUACACUC